AGAGUGACAAGAGCAGAGAGUCUAGACACUGACUGGGGUUGCCUAGCUAAAAGGAACAGGCUCCCCAUUCCUUGAGCCCCUCUAAACUGCCCCUUUGAAGUUGUGAUCUCUGUCUCCGUGUCCUGAGGACCUCACUGUCCUGAGGCUGCCAUCAGGCCCUUCUGAGUGGCCCCUGCACACUCUGUCGGCAUGAACUGCAUAGCAGAUUUCUUUACCUAUGAGACCACCAAGUCGGUGGUUGUGAAGAGCUGGACCAUCGGAAUCAUCAACCGAGUCGUUCAGCUUCUGAUCAUCUCCUACUUUGUGGGGUGGGUUUUUUUGCACGAGAAGGCGUACCAAGUGCGGGAUUCGGCCAUUGAGUCCUCAGUGGUGACCAAGGUGAAGGGCUUUGGACUCUAUGCCAACAGAGUCAUGGAUGUGUCUGAUUAUGUGACCCCACCCCAGGGCACAUCUGUCUUUGUCAUCAUCACCAAGAUGAUUGUCACUGAAAACCAGAUGCAAGGAUUCUGCCCAGAGAAUGAGGAGAAGUACCGCUGUGUGUCAGAUAGCCAGUGCGGGCCAGAGCGCUUCCCAGGUGGCGGGAUCCUGACUGGCCGCUGUGUGAACUAUAGCUCUGUGCUCCAGACCUGCGAGAUCCAGGGCUGGUGCCCCACCGAGGUGGACACGGUGGAAAUGCCCAUCAUGAUGGAAGCUGAGAACUUCACCAUUUUCAUCAAGAACAGCAUCCGUUUCCCCCUCUUCAACUUUGAGAAGGGCAACCUCCUGCCCAACCUGACCGCCAGGGACAUGAAGACGUGCCGCUUCCACCCCGACAAAGCCCCCUUCUGCCCCAUCUUGCGGGUGGGGGACGUGGUCAAGUUUGCCGGGCAGGAUUUUGCCAAACUGGCCCGCACGGGCGGAGUUCUGGGCAUUAAGAUCGGAUGGGUGUGCGAUUUGGACAAGGACUGGGACCAUUGCAUCCCCAGGUAUUCCUUCACGCGGCUGGACAGCGUUUCUGAGAAGAGCAGCAUCUCCCCGGGCUACAACUUCAGGUUUGCCAAGUACUACAAGAUGGAGAAUGGCAGCGAGUACCGCACACUCCUGAAGGCUUUCGGCAUCCGCUUCGACGUGCUGGUGUAUGGGAAUGCUGGCAAGUUCAACAUCAUCCCCACCAUCAUCAGCUCCGUGGCGGCCUUUACUUCUGUGGGAGUGGGGACUGUUCUCUGUGACAUCAUCCUGCUCAACUUCCUCAAGGGGGCCGACCAGUACAAAGCCAAGAAGUUUGAGGAGGUGAGCGAGACGACACUGAAGGGUGCUGCCUUGACCAACCCAGUGUACCCCAGUGACCAGACCACGGUGGAAAAGCAAUCCACGGAUUCGGGGGCAUACUCUAUAGGCCACUAGGGCCUCUUCCCAGAGCCCUACCCACACCCAUGGGCUACAGG